GAUGGGCCAUAUCAUCCUGUUCAGUGAACAGUAGGCUGGAGAGACAAAGGAAGUGUAGCUUAAUCUUGUUAUGACUCCCUCGAACAGUAAUAACACUGGUAUAAACUAAUGGAGGGCACGUGUCUCAAAGUUAAAGUUAAAAAAAUACUAUAUCGACUCGCCAUAUAAUAAAACACGCGUGGAUAGUCGACUUCGGACGUAUCUCUAUCAUGUCGGCUAAAAGCGGUACAUGAGCCAUUAUUCAUCCGUUCUGGUACUCAGCUAAAGAGCUUUCCUGUGCGUAAUCCCCGGAUGAAGCUGUCAUGGCUGCUAUUCGCUGAGCUGUCAAGUCUACAAAAGAAAAAAACAAACGAAGUCUCGAAUUAUACAUCGACGUAGUCCAAUUGUAUCGGAGCUUUACUCUGCGGGGCCUGAAUUGACAUGGAUCCAGCACAUGCUGAAGUAGCUGUCCCCGCUGGAGGUAAAAUUAAAGUUCUCGAUGAUGAGGACAAAAAUUGGCACAAACGACUCCGUCUCAGGAAAGCUGCUGUUCAGGCCCCAACUAUGCAAAGAGAAGAUAAGCAUGGGCCGAAGAAGAUAGAGGACAAGGAGAAAAGCACAGAGCAGAGGCAUUUGAAGAAGAUACCCCUUAAAACACAAAAGAGUCAACGUGUGACAAAGGUUUAUGGAAAUAUACUUAGGUUUAGAUGUUUUGAAUGCAACGGUAGUACAGAAUUCAGCCCUAAUGACUUACUGAGGCACUUUCAGGAAACUCACCCAGGAAGCCAACAAAUCUUUCCUUGUGACAUGUGCGGUUUUAUUACACAGGAAUUCUCCCACCUUCAAGUUCACCAAUUAGGUCACAGAGACACUUUUGUCAGCUGCAACAUAUGCAAUGACAAUGUCCAGCACACUCUCUUGCAGCUCACCGCACAUUUAAACACGCACCACAGCUUGAAUGGCCACUACUCUUGCGAGAAGUGCAAGUUCUCCACAAGAGAUGUAGGAGCAUUCUUGGAGCAUAUGUAUCUACAUAACAUGGUGCCGCAAGCAGGUGGCAUGGCUGAUCAUUCAAAUCCUGCUGACCAAGAUUUGCAGAGACAUUUCAUGGCCAAAACAGCACAAUUCCCCUUCAGUUGUCAGUUCUGUGACUAUAUAGCGCAUCGAAAAGAUAUCAUCACUAAGCACAUUGCCACCAUCCAUGGUAAAGCGACUAGCCAAAAAAACAAGCUGAAAAUGAAAGAGGUUGGUCCUAAACCAGUAGGUAAUUCAUCAUCAAGACUGAAGCACGUGGUGACAAGGAGUACAGUGAGGGAAAAUAACUGGAUGUCACAAGGCUGUCUUUCUCUGCCGGGGGAAGGAUUCCUGGAUAAAUAUUGCAGACUGUCAAAUCCAGAGAGGGCUUUGGAGGAGACCCAGCAAUUUUUAGAGAAGUCUGUGCCUGCUGAAGCUCUUAAGACUGUACUUUCAAAUGUACCCAAAGCCAUCACUUCCUUUUCAAACUCUGACAACUGCAUGAUAUCCAACCCUGGAUUCCCAAACACAGGCAAGGACCUCACUGUCCUGAUGCUCAAAAACAAGAUUUCAGUUCCUCCGAAUGGCACUACUGAAGCAAUUGCUUUCAAAAUGGUGGAAGGCAAAAAAGAUUUGGUUCUCAAGGUUACACCAUCAGCAAAGCAAGAGACCUCUGACACAACAAAGGCGUCAUCGUGUGUCACUGAGCAGGAAUCAGAGAAUAUUGCUUCUCAAACUAGUGCUGGGGACUCCAAUGCAAAUGGAUGCCAAUCAAAUUCAAGUAUUCCUCCAAAGACCAAGCCACCCAGUUGUCCAGGAUCAUUCUUGACACCAAAUGAUGUUGCCACUAUUUCAACCCUAAACGAGCUAGUAAAAUAUGAUCAAACUCAAGAAAAUAGAGAGAACCAGGAAACAAGGGUUGGCCAAGUGCACAGAAAUGAUGCAGAACCCAAAGAUGUGAAUCACUGUGAAGAUACGGCAGAGGAAACCAAGAUGUCGAAGUUGCCAAAGGAGAAAAGUAAAAAAGAGCAACAAUCCUUUCCUGAAGCUCUGUGCUCUUCCAAGACUAUGGGGGACAAAAAAAGGGUGAGAAAGAAAGUGGUCGGCCCUAAAACUGUGGAGAAAAAAUCAUCACCAACAUUAAAGCUCCUCCUGAAGAAGAAGCCAGUUAAGGAAAUGCAGUGGAUGCCACAAGGUGCCCUUCCCCUGUCGGGACGAGGUUUGCUGAAUGAUUACCACAGACUAGAGCACCCACAGAAAACUUUGGAGAAGACGCAGCAAUUUCUUAAAAGAGCACUGUCAGCCGAAAAUGGCAAAAAGAAACAGUCCAAAUGUUCCAAGACUGACCAGAAACAGAACUCCAAAGUGGUCACUAGGUCGUCAAAGUCAGAGGGAGGCCUAAUUCCAAACCCUGGGCAUUUCAGCCCCAGAGGUAACAACCUUAGUGCCCUCAUGGUAAAAAAUAAGAUUUUAGUUCCUCCCAAUUGCACUACAGAGGCCAUGGGUUUCAAAAUGGUGGACGGCAAAAAACAUUUGGUUCUUAAGGUUAUACCAUCAGCAAUGCAAGAGACCUCUGACAAAACAAAGACAUCCUUACAUUCCAUUGAGACUAAGGAAGACAACACCACAUCUAAAACUUGCACUACGAGCCAGAACAGUUUAGUCGUUGUUGAUAAAAGCCAGCCAAAUUUGAAAAUCGCUCCGAGCACCCCAACAAACAGUAGCCUAGAAUAUAAUUUCGAAAAUGCGGAGCUUCCAAACACUGAUGUCAGUUCUGAAAACACAGAAGGGAUGAACAAUGGCAUGAAUUCUCAUGUCCUGGAUGGCCAAGAUUGUCCAAGGGUAGGCUUACCUCAUGUAUCUAAUGGAGCCAAAUCAGCUGGAAAUGAUUUGGGCCAGAUGACGGAGGAGAAGUUGGAGGCUGUGAACUAUAACCAGCCUAACCAGGAAGGGCUUGGAACUACAGAAGCUCAGGUCAUCAUGAUGUCUCCCUCCCCCAUACUCCAUUUCCUUACUUCCCCACAAGACUUGUCAGAGUAUCCGGUCGAAACUCCAGACAUUUGUUUUCAGGACGUUCCUCCCAAUACCAUGCUAAGAGAUGUAGGACAACAGGAGGGCUCUGACAGGAUUUGCCUCUCACCACAGACAAAUGAACAGAGAGUUAACGGAAAGAGGAAGAGCGAGCCGUCCACAGAAGACUCUCCCGAGCCCCUCUCAAAAGCCUUCAGGAAAGUUGUGGGAGAAGAAGAGGCCUCACCAGCAGCUGUGCAUCACUGGGAGCCAGGCCCUCGAGAUGUGGAGAGGACCCUGAAGCUAUUGCCAUUAAGUCCCACUCAACUCAUUACACGUCCAAGAGGAGACCAGCCUGUUGUAGUGCUAAAUCACCCAGACACAGACAUUCCCGAGGUCACAAAUAUAAUGGAAACAGUCCACAGGUACAAAGGAGAGGUCCAAAAAGUAGUGCUGUCUCGAAAAACAUUGAAGGCCCUUGCAGCCAUGGGUUGUGAUAUGUUUAGGGCAAAUGCCCCAGCGAUUGAACGUGUGUGCAGAGUGAAAGAGAGAUUCAUCUUGAAAAUGAAGCUGAAAAAGAUGAGCAGAAAGAAGUACAAAGUGGUGAACGCAAUCCCGCGCAGCACUGAGCCUUUAUUAAGAUUUAGCUGCUGGUUUUGUGGCCGAGUCUUCAGUGAUCAGGAGGUCUGGAUUGGUCAUGGCCAGCGCCAUCUGAUGGAAUCUACUAGAGAGUGGGGGAAGCUGGAAAGUGAAAAGUCAUAAAUGUCACCUACACUGGAUACAAAGUUGAGAAAGGUGCUCCUGUACAAAAGCAAUGGACAGAAAAGAUGCUAGAUGGAAAUGAUCUUAAUUUAUUAGAGAAAUAUGUUGCUAAUAAGGACUUAACAAGUGUCCAAAAUCAAUAUAACUUAAUGUGAGUUCUUCCAAAGUACAGGCCUCUAAUAAUAGGGCUCUAGUCAUUUUUGCAUUUUCCGUUGCUCAAAUCGAAGUAUUUAAUUUGAAACCCACUUCUGUUUCAGUGCUAUCAUUGUUUUAGAUUGGAUGCAAUCUAUUUGUCGUUUCAGUUAUGUCUAGCCAAGAUGCAAUGCUAUUUAAGUUGACCAAAGUACACUGUCAUAAGGCAUUUUUUCACAGAACACUGUAAUUAGGACACAAAUUAGGCACACUCAGAAGCUCUAAACAUGAACAUGUAAUGUUAUACGGGUAUGCAUAGUGUGUGUGCUAAGAUGAUUCAUUUGGGAGGGGAUGGCAGGUUUCCUUUGUUACUAGGCUAUACCCGCAUUGUUUAAAAAGCUAUUUUAUGUUUAUUUCUGAUUUGCAGAUGUACACUGCUUUUCUUUUUUUUCUGUGAUUGGCCAUAGAAAAGAGUGAAUGUGUUUGUUUUGUUUGUAUGCACAUAGUACUUACCAAAAAUAUGAAUGGUUUCAAAUCGAGUAAUUUUGUUACGUUAGUCUGAGCUAGUAGCAGGAGUAGUCCAAAGAAUAUAUCUUUUUACAAUUUGUAUAAUAUUGUAUAGGAUGGCUGACUGAUGGCAUUUGUGCAUAUAAUUGAAAUUACAAUCAGUUUUUUUAAUUGCACUAUGAACUGACAGUGAAUAUUUCUUUCCAUUACUUCACUUUAUGAAUCUUAUGACAGUCUUGAUAUGCAUGUUCUUGCAUGUAUCCUUAUGUUCUGAUCAUCUCACAGUAUCCAUGGCAAGGGAUACUUUUACUGUAGUUAGUCAGCCCAGGUCAAGGCCCAAAUCACAAAUACAUGUAGCACAUCCCUCUGAGCAUACCCUUUCUUCUAGUCACCCAUCAUUUAUUUCUUCAGAUCAACAGAAAAGAACUGGUUUGUAGUAGUAUUGAGAAGUCGGAGAAAGAAGUACAAUUCUGACUUAGAAAACAUUUGUUUUUCACCAAGUGCCUGACCUUUUCUGUUCCACGAUGAAUAUGUAUUUAUCUUGACACACCUGGUAGAAUUAUGUGUUGAACAGAUCAAUAAAUACGAGUAGAUUGAAAA